GGCGGCUCCGGGCACCGCGCGCACACACCGGGCCGGCUCCCGAGGGCGCCAGCGCGGCCCCGGGGAGCGCGAGCUAGGAGCGCGCGGCCUGCGGUCAGCGGCCCAGCGGCCGAAAAGAUGGUGUCCUGGAUGAUCUCCCGAGCCGUGGUACUGGUGUUCGGAAUGCUCUAUCCGGCGUACUAUUCCUACAAAGCCGUGAAGACGAAAAACGUCAAGGAGUAUGUCCGCUGGAUGAUGUACUGGAUAGUCUUUGCCCUCUACACUGUCAUUGAAACGGUGGCCGACCAGACACUUGCAUGGUUUCCCCUGUACUAUGAGCUGAAGAUCGCCUUUGUCAUUUGGCUGCUGUCACCCUACACUAGAGGGGCGAGUUUAAUUUACAGAAAGUUCCUUCAUCCCCUGCUGUCAUCGAAGGAAAGGGAAAUUGAUGAUUAUAUUGUCCAAGCCAAAGAAAGAGGCUAUGAGACAAUGGUGAAUUUCGGACGGCAAGGUUUGAAUUUGGCAGCUGCAGCUGCCGUCACCGCAGCAGUGAAGAGCCAAGGAGCCAUAACGGAGCGUUUGCGAAGUUUCAGCAUGCACGAUCUGACAGCUAUCCAGGGGGAUGAGCCGGUGGGACACAGACCUUACCAGACUUUGCCAGAAGCAAAGAGGAAAGGCAAACAAGCCACUGAGUCACCAGCCUAUGGAAUUCCGCUGAAAGACGGAAGUGAGCAAACAGACGAAGAAGCUGAGGGGCCGUUCUCCGAUGACGAGAUGGUGACUCACAAGGGGCUGAGGCGGUCCCAGAGCAUGAAGUCUGUCAAGACCAUCAAAGGCCGCAAAGAGGUGCGGUACGGUUCACUAAAAUAUAAAGUGAAGAAGAGACCACAGGUGUAUUUCUAGUGUCUACACCACACCCAUCUCAAGACAAAUAAAUGUAACAAAUCAACUUCAUUUUCUAACACGACGUAUUCAGGACUUAACACUUUAAUUUUGUGGCGAUGACGGGGUCUACGUAAUGACUUUAAAUAGUUCGUGUUUCUUUAACAAUUACUUUUAGAUUUUGAACUGCUAAGCGUAGUCAUAUAAGGUUUGUUAAUGUAUGUGUACAUAGCAAAAGUGACAGGGAAUCACGCUCCUGAUGUCAGCAGCCACACUGAGUGCCUGAGAUGUAAAGAUAAAGCACAGACCAGGGCAUACGUAAAAAGUCUUUGCAGCAGGAUACACCUGCCGUUCUGGUGUUGCAUUCUGUUUACGUCAUACCAUAGGAUGGUGCCGUGUCCUUCCUUAAGCCUUUGAAACUUUCCACCAUGAGCUGAAAGUUUUUAAAACAGAUUAUUUGAAAACCAGGUGUCCAUGUAGCACUUUCCGGGCUAGUUUUGCACACUUGAAAAUUGUUUACUUAGUUUACGGCUGUACAUUUACUUUACAUUGUAUCGAGGCUGUCUUUUUUGUUGUCUGUCAGAUUCUGACAUGUGAGGAUUAGGCCUUGAAACUGCAUCAUCUCCUUUGCCUAUGGGUUUGUUUCAUUUGUUAAAUUCAUUCAGCUUAUGUAGAGACAUGUAACUGUUAACUUUUUACUCCUUUGUUUGGUUUUGGUUUUUGAAUUAGGGUCUCAUAGCCCAAGGGCGGCCUUGAACUCCUGAUCUCUUCCUGCUACCACCUCACAAUUGCUGAGAUAACAGGUGUUAUCACGCCUGGCUAAUUUGAGCUGUCUUUCAAUUAUAUUCUUGACAUCUGAGAAGUUACCGCAAACAUUAACCAGUUUCCAUAGUUGAACUCGAUGUGUUUUUAUCAACAGCAAAUUACAUUAUUCUAAAAAAUUAGUUUUUGGGGGCUGGAGAGGUGGCUGGUUAAGAGCACUGGCUGUUCUUCCAGAGGACCAUGGUUCAAGUCCCAGCACCCACAUGGCAGCUCACAACUGUCUGCCAUCCAACUCCAAGUGACUCAACACCCUCACACAGAUAUGCGCACAGGCAAAACCCCACUGCACAUAAAAUGUAAAUAAAUAAGUAAAUGACUAGCUUUGUGGAAUAGUCAUAGACCAGUGUAGUACUUAGUGUAUUCUAAAUCAUGGGAAUCCCAGUGGCCACCCUCCAUUCCCAAGCUCGGCAGAUGUUCAUGCUACCUUACAGACCGGGCAGUGACUAACAUCUUUUAGAUCUUUUCCUGCCUGAGGGUAUUCUCUGAAGAUGAGUGUCAGGGUAAAACACAAACAUCAUUGAUGCUACAUAACCCAGGCUUCCAGAUAAGGACCAUCUUGUUAAUCUAAGAGAUAUAGAGGGAUUGAACUCGGCUCUUUUUAGGUUACCUUACUAACUGGGCAUUAUGGACACUAAAUCAUAUUAGGGGUGAUGAAUAAUCAAAAUUUCAACAUCGAACAAUAUUUACUUACGUGGGGGUGCCUGAGUGGCAUCCACACAUGACUCCUCUUGAUGCUACGGAUAUUUUCUAAACUGAAUCACAUUGUUAAUAUUUUUAACACCAAAUAAAAAUUUAAUUUUUUCCCUCCCAAAUUUAA